AGUUGUAUAUCAACCAACCUUUUUGUCAUAACUAAGUGUGAUCCUUCAUAGAUUCCCUCCUUUUUUUUUUCUUUUCUCUCUCUAUUCUGUAUAACUUUGAUUUUUCUCAUUAUAUUUUAUGCUCAUGCAUCUGUCAAAGAAUAAUAAUCUCACCAUAAUAUCUUUCAACUCCAUCUUCAAAUCUUUCAAUUGUCCUUACUGGCCUUUUCUUUUACUUCUUUAUUUUAAUUUUUUUUUAGUCUCAUAAGGUGUGACCAAUUUCAUUCUCGUUACAUUUUUUUUGCAUAUAAUAUAUCCAAGAAUAGAGUAAAAAGAAAUAGAGUUGUAUGUUUUGUUAUUAAAGGAAAAUUUUCCUUUUUGUGGUAUGUGAUUAAUGGAAAGUAUGAAUAUUAAAGAAGGGAAUAAUCAACAGAUGAAUGCUUCAAAUUCAUGCAGUGUGAAUAAUAAUAAUAAUUCAAUAGUGGGAAGAGAUAGUUCUUCUUCACCUACAAGUUUCCAACAAAAUCAAGUUUCAAUGGAUUGGACUCCAGAAGAACAAGCUACCUUGGAAGAAGGCUUGGUAAAAUAUGCCUCUGAGACAAGCAUAUCCCGUUAUGCAAAAAUUGCAAUUGCACUGAAGAACAAGACUGUUCGUGAUGUGGCAUUACGAUGCAAAUGGACCACGAAAAAGGAAAACAGCAGGAGAAAAAAGGAUGAUGCAAAUUUAUUGAAGAAAAAUAAAGAUAGAAAGGAAAAAUUGACUGAUCCUACUGCAGUAGUGUCAGCCCCCGUGGUAAUGCAGCAGCCUGGUUAUGCUCCAUACUCUCAAGGAGUGGUUUCUAAUAAGAGUGAAGGCUUCGUCUCGUACCAUGCCACAGUCAAUGUGACCACACAGCUUAUUCAUCAAAAUGCUCGGAUCUUUGAACAAAUUUCUGCAAAUCUUGUGACACAUCAAAUACACGAGAAUACUCGACUUUUGUGUCAGGCUCGAGAUAACAUCAUCAAGAUUUUACACAAGUAUGUUUGGAAGUACUCUCUUGAGUUGAAUGAGUCGUCCUGCACGCUGAAGCAGAUGCCACCACUCCCAGUUAAGUUGAAUGAAGAACUCGCCAACUCCAUUCUUCCCCCCUCUACCCAUGCAUUGGGGUGAUAAUCUCGCGAUAGAAAAUCAGACAUCCAUUCCAUUGAUCUUCAGAUUUUACUGAGGGAAAAAUGUCAUCUCCACCAUGAGAGGAAAAAAAAGAAACAAAAUGUUGACUCAUUCGUACAAUUUUUGGGCAUACUAUACUUGCCUUGUUGCUCCCCUUUUCCGGUAGACUUUGUACAGUAAUAAAAUAGAGUUUUUAAGUUUUA